UCUGCAUUAAUUCCAAAAAACCAUGAAGCAAUACUGUUUUGAUUCCAAGUGGAUUUUGUUUCAUCUUUUAUGGAUAAUCAUGAUCACCUCUGCCUCAUCAGGUUUUGAAGCUGAUGAACUCGCUUUACUUGAUUUCAAGCAAGGAAUAACUCAAGAUCCCCUUCAAAUAAUGAGAUCCUGGAAUUCUUCUAUGCAUUUCUGCAAUUGGACUGGUGUUACAUGCAGUCCAACUAAUGGAAGAGUCUCAAUCUUGAACUUGGACUCGCAAAGCUUGGUUGGCUCUAUCCCACCUUCCAUAGGAAACCUUACGUCUCUUACUGUCAUUGACCUGGGAAACAAUAGCUUCCAUGGUGAAGUUCCUCCAGAAAUAGGCCGCUUACAGCACCUGCAGCAUCUCAACCUGUCUUGCAAUUACUUUGGCGGGAGUAUUCCAACGAAUUUAUCUCGUUUUACAGAACUUCGAGUAUUUCACCUUUUCCGCAACAAGUUUAUUGGGCAGAUUCCGGACCAGCUUAGUUCAUUGCCGAAACUGGUACAACUAAAUCUUGCAAUUAACAAUCUUACAGGAAAAAUUCCAUCUUGGAUAGGUAAUUUUUCUUCCCUUGUCCAUCUGUCACUUUUAUCCAAUAAUUUACAGGGAAGCAUACCCAAGGAAUUAGGCCUACUAUCAAGCUUGGGAUUUUUUCAACUUGGUGGGAAUUAUUUGUCUGGUACCAUCCCUACUUCAAUUUUUAAUCUCUCUUCUAUGUACUAUUUCUCUGUGGCUGAAAACCAGCUGCACGGGCAGUUGCCGUCAGAUGUUGGACUCAAUCUCCCCAAUCUUAAACAAUUUUAUUGCGAUUUGAACUAUUUUACAGGAAGUAUUCCUGUAUCAUUGCCAAAUGCUUCUAAUCUUUCAGUAGUUGAUUUUUAUAAUAAUAGCCUCACUGGGAAUGUUCCAGAAAGGUUUGGAAGCUUGCAAGGUCUCAUUACACUUAAUUUUGCGAAUAAUAGACUUGGAAAGGGGGAAAUUGGUGACUUGAAAUUUCUAAAAUUUUUGUCUAAUUGUACGAGGCUUGUAGAGUUGGGUCUCUAUGGUAAUGUUUUUUGGGGGAGAGUUGCCUAAUUCGAUAGGCAACCUUUCAACUCAAUUGCAAAAGUUAGAUAUUGGAAUGAAUCUGAUUCAUGGAAACAUCCCUGCUGGGAUUGGAAACCUGGUUAACCUAGCUGUCUUAUCCUUUAUGGGAAACUACUUAAGUGGUAGUGUUCCAGCUGAAGCUAUUGGGAGACUACGGAAUCUAGAGGUAUUGUUUUUAUGUAUCAAUAAUUUUUCUGGAUUAAUCCCAUCCUCACUUGGCAACUUGACUAAAUUAUUUCAGCUUUGUUUGGGAAUAAAUGAAU